AAUUACUUUAAUUUAAUACCAACUUCAGUCUGUCAUAUAUAUAUACGUAAAACUUGAAAUAAAGAAGAACAAAACGUUAAACCGUUUUCAUAAGAAAUUCAUCAUUUUUAUAUACAUAUUUUUCAUCUUUAUCACUUAUAAUAGAAAAGUGUAAUUAUGGCAGAAACAACAACAGUAGCUACAGAUUCCGGAAAAAUAGUAAAAAUGGAAGUAGAUUAUGAAUGUGCCUGUGAUGUAAAAAUUCCAGAGUGUAAAAAGCUAGCUCAAGAAGGAAAAAUUCAUGAUGCUCUUGAUCAACUGUUGGCCUUAGAAAAACAAACACGAACCAGUCCAGAUAUGCCUUCUACAUCACGAGUUCUCGUAGCUAUUGUAGAAAUUUGUUUUGAAGCAAAAAAUUGGGGUGCUUUAAAUGAACAUAUAGUACUUCUCUCUAAAAGACGUUCUCAAUUGAAACAAGCUGUAACUAAAAUGGUACAAGAAUGUUGUACUUAUAUUGACAAAACUCCUGAUAGAGAAACAAUGAUAAAACUUAUUGAAACUUUAAGAUCAGUUACAGAAGGAAAGAUUUAUGUGGAAGUAGAACGUGCACGUCUUACUCAUCGUUUAGCAAAAUUGAAGGAAGAAGAUGGUGAUAUUUCUGGAGCUGCUGCAAUUAUGUUAGAACUUCAAGUAGAAACAUACGGUAGUAUGUCUCGUAGAGAAAAGGCAUCUCUUAUUCUUGAGCAAAUGCGUUUGUGUUUAGCUAAACAAGACUUUGUUCGUACUCAAAUUAUUGCUAAGAAAAUAAAUGUCAAAUUUUUUGAAGAUGAAAAUGAUACAGAAACACAAAAUUUGAAACUAAAAUAUUAUGAAUUAAUGAUGGAGCUUGCAAGACAUGAAGGGUGGUAUUUAGAGUUAUGUCGUCACAAUCGUGCUGUUCUGGAAACUCCAGCAUUUCUUUAUGAUGCUAAAAAACGUCAUACCGCUUUGUCUCGGGCUGUGUUAUAUUUGGUUUUAGCUCCACAUGAACCAGAACAAGCUGACCUAACACACAGACUACUUGCUGACAAAUUGCUUGAAGAAAUUCCAACUUACAAAGAAUUAUUACGACUUUUUGUAAAUCCAGAACUCAUUAAAUGGUCUGGAUUAUGUGAAAUUUAUGAACGUACUCUUAGAGCAACUGAAGUGUUUUCAUCAAGUACCGAAGAAGGUCGCAAACGAUGGACAGAGCUCCGAAAUCGUGUUGUUGAACAUAAUAUACGAAUUAUGGCCAAGUAUUAUACAAAAAUAACUUUAACUCGUAUGGCAGAAUUAUUAGAUUUACCUGUUGACGAGACUGAAGCAUGUCUUUGCAAACUAGUUGAGACUGGAGUAAUAAGUGCACGUACAGAUAGACCGGCUGGGGUAGUCCGUUUUACUGGAACUCAAGAGCCUGCUGCACUUUUAGAUGCUUGGGCUGCCUCACUAUCAAAAUUAAUGAGUCUUGUGAAUCAUACAACGCAUUUAAUUCAUCAGGAGGAAAUGCUUGCUGUUGCUAAUUCGUGAAGAUUUUUUUUUUUUUGUUUGCUGUACCUUUGUAAUCUCUAGAGAUAAACAAUAAAUAUAUUUUUUUUCCUUUCAUAAA